GUCGAACCCGAAAGAAGGAUGUCAUGCGGUAACUCUAAGGAGUGACCGACCUUUAAAGGAGAUUCAUAUUUCAACUCCAAGGAUCCUAGUAAGAGAAUUUCACCAAGAAGUUGUUCAAGAAGAAGUAGUUCGGGAGGAAGUACAACCUUCCAUUGAAGUCAAUGUCGAAGAUGAGGGAAAAUCUAAGAAAACUCAUGAACCCGAGCUAAUAUCAAAUGCUCCUUAUCCUAGACAGUUAUUUGAAAGCGAUCUUUAUCAUGAAUGUGCUCCAUGGAAGGACACAUUGAAGCAAUUAAAAGGUAACCGUUCCUUUCCUAGACAUGGUAUUGAAGAUUCCUAAGUAUACAAAGUUCUUGAAGGAAAUUUUGUCGAGAAAGAGGAAAAUGGAGGAGGUAGCUAUGGUAUCCGUUAGUGAAGUUGCUUCGACAUCCAUUGGGUAUGGAGGAUUCCCUCCCAAGCUAAGAGAUCCAGGAAUCUUCACUAUUCCAUGCACAUUUGGAGAUAAAACAUUUUGGAAUCCGUUAGUCGACUUGGGGUCUAGCAUCAACAUCAUGCCUACACGAAUAUACAAUGAUUUGAACCUUGGACCACUCACUCCUACUCCAAUGCAGAUUACGUUGGCCAAUAGUUUCGUUGUCAAGCCAAGAGGAAUCAUAGAGAAUAUCUUGGUAAAGUGUACUCAUUUUGUCUAUCCGGUGGACUUCGUGGUUCUAGACACGGAGGGGUAUGAUGCAUCGAUAAUUCUAGGCCGACCAUUUACAUCUACGGCACGGACUAUCAUCGAUGUAAGUGAAAGCAAGAUCACAUUAAGGUUUGGUGAAGAGGAGAUAAGCUAUAAGAUGACUCCAAUCCCAAAUUUCCACAAGUAUUACAAAUGGGACGAGGUCAAGAUGGAUUGUGAGCCGGUUACACCUCCUACCACACCAUCUUCAAGUCCCGAGAUUGAAUGGGUCAUAUGGUCUCCCAUGUUGACCCCCAUGAUGCUCAAGUUGAAUGAGGGAGUGAUUCUUGCAAAAAUAUGAAGAAACCGGGCAAAGAGAAAUCUUCUUGCAAAAUGCAAACCAAAGAGUUGUUCAAGGUUUCUCAUUUCUCCGGUGAUCAUGGAAAAAAGCUCCGAAGGUUUAUAUUUGUGGAGAGACAUCCUAAGAAAGGUAACAAAUUUGU